AUGUCCAACGAAAUUCUCGUCACAGGCGCGGCUGGCUUCGUCGGCCAGGCUCUCAUCAGCGCCCUCGUCAAAGCGAACCCGUCCACAACCCUUGUCGUCACGGAUGUCAUCGAGCCCCCGAUCCCGGCCGACGUGGCGGGGGAGGGCAGCAGGAUACACUCGCUCAAGGCCGACCUCACCGACCCGGCAGCCGUCAGCUCCUUGCUCUCGAGGCAGUUCGCGGCGGUGUACCUCCUGCACGGCCUCAUGUCUGGCGGAGCUGAGGCGAACCUUGACCUGGGUCUCAAAGUCAACCUCGACUCGGUCCGCGCCGUCCUCGACCAUCUCCGCAAAAGCUACCCGGGGACGACCGUCAUCUUCACCAGCUCGUGUGCGGUCUAUGGCCCCCGCCAGCCCGUCAUCGAGAGCGAGACGGUGCCGAAGCCGAAGACGUCGUACGGCACGGAGAAGCUCAUCGUCGAGUUGUUAGUCGAAGAUUAUUCGCGUCGUGGGCUUAUCGAUGGCCGCAUUGUCCGACUCCCGACGGUGACGGUGAGGCCCGGUGCACCAUCCGCCGCGGCGUCCAGCUUCGCUUCCGGUAUCGUCCGCGAGUCUCUCAAGGGCGUCAAGAACAUCCUGCCCGUCAGCCGGGAUCUCGAGAUUUGGGUCUGCAGCCCCGCAACGGUGGUCAAGAACCUCGUCAAGGUCAAAGACGUCCCGAAAGAGAAGUUUGGGGACUCGAGAGUCGUCAACCUGCCCGGUAUCACGGUGACGGUCCAGGAGAUCCUCGACGCGGUAGAGAAAGUCGGCGGCAAGGAGGCGCUGGCGCAGAUUGAAGAGAAGAGGGACCCGGCGGUUUUGGCCAUUGUCAACACGUGGCCAGCCCGGUUUGAUGUUAGUAGAGCCUACAGUCUGGGUUUGGAACCGGAUGGGCCGAUUCUGGAGGCUGUUGAGGCGUUUUCGAAGACAUUGGAGGCGUAA